GUAUUUUAUGCCAGGCCACCACAACGUAAGAGUCCAAUUCGGAUUCUAUCGGGUUCAAGCCCAAUAUCUCUCCUCUCUCAACGGCGUAACCCUAGAUCUCGCCGGAUCGCCGAUUCCGAUCGUUUUUCGGGUUUUCAACGGCGACUCAGCUCGUUCUCGUGGUGGAUCUUUUCGGAUCGGCGAUUCUCAAGUGUUUAAAUAGGAAAUAAAUUGCUGCCGUUUGAAAAAAUAACGGAUAUAGUACCAAAGCCAGAGAGAAAGAGAGAUGCAGCAGAGGAAAACAGGGAAUGGAAGGCCAUCUGGCACCGACGGCUCUGAUUUCUCUUACCGGAUGGUCGUCGAUUCUAGAUACACAAAGGUAGCGAAAGCAAAGUCUCGUCUCUCUUUCUUCAUAUUCUCUCAGGCUGUUGUUCAGUUGUUUGGAGCAUUGCUAGUAUUCUAUUCAUAUUCGAAAGAUGGGAGUACUGAUCAGCUAGUUGUGUCAGUAUCAGCCACUGCAAUUUCUUUCUUUUCUUUGCUAUUCGGGGAAUUAGGACGAAAGCGGAGUCGGGUAAACAUGUUAAAGUUUUACAUCGUGUCCUCGUCGCUGGGAAUGUUGCUUUCAAUUGGUAGUGUUCUCAAGAGCAAUGUUUUACAAGAGAUUGUCCAAGAUUCCACUGUCUGGGAAGCAAAGAAAUUUGAACUUAUCAGUGUUGGUGAUGUCUUAGUAGGUUUGCUGGUACAGAUAUUGUCUAUCAGCACAACGGCAUCUUUAAUCAGUAAUAUGUCUCCUCCUAAGAGAGCUUCUUAAGGAUUGUCAUAACCUUAUUCACUUCAAAUUUGUCACCAGGCUAUACAAAACAGUUGCUUCUGUUCCGCUAAUGUAUAGCAAAUGUAUAAAGUAGGGGAGGGAGAAAGGAAAGUAGGUAAAGUGGUGUAAUCGAUUGAUAUUCAAUGUAUUACGGUGAGUAUAGCAGAGAGAAAAGUAAUGGAUGUAGUUGAUUUCUAUAUUAUAAAAUUUUAUUAUUUUUGAUAAGUUUUGAAAUGCAAAUAAUUGGAAUGGUCGUUCAGAAAAAACAGUGUAAAGGAAAUGGUUAGGACUC